AUUCUUACGAAGAGCGGACUUGAAGGAAGCCAGCCGUCACAGUUCCGGAGCCACAUAAGAAAUAGGAAGUGGCGUAAGGUAGACAGUUCGUGCUUGCACCACAGGAAGAUUGGGUUUCAGUUUGCUUUGUUUUGUUCAAAAAUAUUCCCCUCACUGCUGUUAAUAUUUAAUAACAACUGGAGUACGGAAAAAAGCGCAGUGUAUUAAACGCAUGGUUAGAUCAUUCGCUGUUUUGUUGCCAUACUGGGCCCGUUGGAAUUAGUACUGUCAGCUUCACUGGGGCAGAUGGUGGUCCCGUGGGGCUGCGGGAAGGGUGGACAGGGGCAGGAAGGCUGUCCCGGUAGGGAUCCACAGCCUAACACUAAACUAAUCGACAGCUGCAGUAUUCGGGAAAAUCAGACAAAGCUGUCGCGGAUUUAAAACUACAUAUUUACUUUUUUGGUGUCGCUGACGUAGGGAGGGAAGCGAUUUUUCUACAUGUGGAUUGUUUAUAAUCAAGUCAGUCACGUAUGAAUUAAAUUUUUGCCAUGGCCAGUGCAAUAGCCUCCAAGAUGAGUUUUAGCUCUCUGAAAAGAAAGCAACCUAAAACUUUUAAUGUGCGAAUUGUUACUAUGGAUGCAGAGAUGGAGUUUAGUUGUGAGGUGAAAUGGAAGGGGAAAGACCUCUUUGACCUUGUCUGCAGGGCAGUGGGGCUGAGAGAGACCUGGUUCUUUGGUCUGCAGUACAGAAUCAAAGAUACUGUUGCGUGGUUGAAAAUGGACAAAAAGGUACUGGAUCAUGAUGUUCCACGAGAAGAGCCGAUCACAUUUCAUUUCCUUGCAAAGUUCUACCCAGAAAAUGUGGAAGAUGAAUUGGUACAAGAGAUUACACAGCACCUUUUCUUCUUGCAGGUCAAGAAGCAAAUCUUGGAUGAAGAGAUAUUCUGCCCCCCAGAAGCAUCAGUGCUCCUAGCCUCGUAUGCAGUUCAGGCUAAGUAUGGCGAUUAUGAUCCAGCUGUGCAUACAAGAGGGUUUUUAGCACAGGAAGAGCUCUUGCCAAAAAGGGUUAUAAAUCUGUAUCAGAUGACACCAGAGAUGUGGGAGGAACGGAUAACAGCCUGGUAUGCUGAACACAGGGGCAGGACAAGGGAUGAAGCUGAAAUGGAGUACCUAAAAAUAGCUCAGGACUUAGAAAUGUAUGGUGUUAGCUACUUUGCCAUAAAGAACAAAAAGGGAACAGAAUUGUUACUGGGAGUAGAUGCAUUAGGCCUUCACAUAUAUAAUCCAGAUAAUAGAUUAACUCCAAAGGUUUCCUUCCCCUGGAAUGAAAUACGCAAUAUUUCCUACAGUGACAAAGAGUUUACAAUUAAACCUCUGGACAAGAAGACAGAUGUUUUUAAAUUUAAUUCUUCCAAGCUACGAGUUAAUAAGUUGAUACUUCAGCUUUGUAUUGGAAACCAUGAUUUAUUUAUGAGAAGAAGGAAAGUGGACUCUUUGGAAAUACAGCAGAUGAAGGCCCAAGCAAGAGAGGAAAAAGCCAGGAAGCAGAUGGAGCGUCAGAGGCUGUCUCGAGAGAAGCAGCUGAGAGAAGAAGCCGAGCGGGCACGAGAUGAGCUUGAACGACGGUUACUGCAGUUACAGGAAGAGGCACAGAUGGCAAAUGAGGCACUGAUGCGAUCAGAGGAAACUGCUGACCUACUGGCAGAGAAAGCCCAGAUCACAGAGGAGGAAGCUAAGUUACUCGCACAUAAAGCAGCGGAGGCAGAACAAGAGUUGCAGCGUAUUAAAGCAACAGCAAUGAGAACAGAAGAAGAGAAGAGACUAAUGGAACAGAAGGUUCUGGAAACUGAAAUGCUGGCUCUUAAAAUGGCAGAGGAGUCUGAGAGGAGAGCAAAAGAAGCAGACCAGCUACGGCAAGAUUUGCUUGAUGCUCGUGAGGCUGAACAAAGAGCGAAACAGAGGCUUCUGGAUAUAAGCAAAUCAACAUACAUGCCUACAAGUCCAAGUGUAAAUAGUUUGCCAUUAGAUGUUCCAAGUUUUGGGUUCAACAGUGACAGCCUUUCCUUCGACUUCAAAGACACUGACAUGAAGCGUCUGUCCAUGGAAAUUGAGAAAGAAAAGGUAGAGUACAUGGAGAAGAGCAAACAUUUGCAAGAGCAACUCAAUGAGUUGAAGACUGAAAUUGAGGCCUUGAAACUGAAGGAACGGGAGACUCCUUUAGACAUCAUGCAUAAUGAGAAUAUGGAGCGAGGGAAUAAUAAGUACAGCACAAUCAAAAAGCCUGAGCCUGAUGGAAGAAGACCCGUCUGCAUUUGAAGUUUGUGUGAAGCUGACUUUGCAAAGCACAAAGUCGAGAGUGGCCUGCUUUGAAGAAUUAUGAGAGGUCUUUGCUCCCUGUACACAAUAUGAUAUCCAAUUAUUCAGGACCAGGGGCUGUUGAAGAACUGCAUCUUUACCUGCCAAGAUGGUACAUCGGCUUGCUAGUGGUUUGAAGUACCCCAAGAUAAAAUGAAGUCCAAAUGUGACAGUUUGUCAAACUGGGACAACUAAGUGAUAGCAUUGAAUGUUUCCUUCUUCUCCUUACUGAAUUGUGUACUUGUAAAACAUUCAUCGUGAAGUUGUUUUGCAUUUUUAUAAGGGAAUUUUUUUUUUUUUUUUUUUGCAUUUCAGGUUGUUGAAAACAGAAGUAUUAUUUUGAGAUAUGCAAAGUUAUGGUCUACUUGCACAAAUUAGGAGUGGAAUCCAGACUGUUGAUUACUACAUUGAAAUGGAGAUACUAGAGUAUAUGCCAGUCCACUCACUUAGUUGGACGCACAGUAUGUUACUGUUAUGCAUGAAGUCACUACAUUGCAGGUGGUAAGGACCUGCAUUUACAAUGGUUAUAAAACCUUUCUUAAGAACUGAAAUAUAAGCUGAAAUUAUCAAAUCAGGGACUAUUUAGAUGGUGCCAAGGAAAUAGUUUUUCUUUAACUGUACAUGAACUGUGAAGCCUGUACAGGGGCAGAAAUAGUUUUGCCAGUGCAGUGAAGUUAAUGCAGUGCAGCAACUGUACAUCACCGUGUACCUGGCACUUAAAUGAUAUCUCUUCUUGUAUGCAAAGUAUAAAAAGCUUUUUCUUGUUUAUAUUGACUUUAUCAUGUAUAAAGGGCUUUUGUAUUAAUUCAGUAUUCCUUUGUGACAUAUCCGGUUUUGCACUGUUGCAAUACUAUCUUGCUUGUUGAGACAGUAGUACUGUUUUGCAAGCUGGACGCAUUUAUUUUUAUUUCUAACUGCACUCAUAGAGUGUAUGCUUCUCUUUUCUCAAACCAUUAUAUGCAAGGUUAAUGAGUUGCAAUGGCUUUCUUUGAAUAUAUACUUUUAUCUAUAUAUUUUUAAUGUUGUUCUUCCCACCAGCUGUGAUUUAUUCCUUCCAGUGUGUGACCCACUACCCUGACUUAUUUACCCAUCUAUAAUUGACCUUAAUGGCUUCAGGGAGAUAGUGUCACAGGACAGCUGUGUAUGUACAUACAUUUCUCUGGAUGUUCACAGUUCAGUGUGUUAUUAACUUUGUAUGUUAUAGAGUCUAGUAGGUUGUUGUGUUGCAGGUCUCUACCUAGGGCCAUUCUUGCAGUGCCAGACCUCUAUCUUCUCCUCAGGGUGGUCGAGUUAAUAGCCAGACAUUCAUUACUAUGCUUCCUGGUCAGUCAUACAACCAACAGAUAAGAUACUAACCCUGAUUCUUGGCAGCAGGGUCAGAAAUAGUUCCUCUGUACUUGUAGGCCAGGGUACCUUUUGCACUAUUUUAGAAUAUAUUUCAGCAUAUAAGGAGAACUGUGGCAUUUUGCCCCCUGACACCUUGCUCUUUUUAUUCUGUGGUCCUGUUGACUCUCAGAAUUAGUCUUUAGUUCAGUGUAAUUCUGUUUAGUAUUUUGCAGGCUGUCUGCUGUCAGAGACAUUGGUUUUAUGUAAUGGUAGGGAAUUUUGUUGUUACCUCACUAAAUAAGGCAUACUCAUAGAUGAAUGGGGAAAGAGGAAGAAAAGCAGGCUUGCUGACUUGUGCAGAAUGGUAGCUAUCAUUUCAUGAUUGGGAAUUUUAUUUUUCUGCUUCAGUUGUGUUUCUUACACCUGACAGUCCUCAUAAAGUUUUCAGAUAGCUCUCCCACCUGCUCCAGUUGUACUGUGCUUGAGAAUGUAAUUCUGAGAUUGUUACUCUUUAAACCAAUACUCUACUCUAAACUCUGUCAUGCAUUUUACCUAUAUUCCAUGUAACUUGUUUCUAAAUGGCUUUCUUACGUGUUACAGUGCAGGUUCAUCAACAGGCUACUUUCUUGCAGUAAUAUUGUGUCUUGCAACAGAACCAAAUAAAUUCUCUCCUUCUAACACAGACCUCUAUAUGUGGCAUCAGUUGUUAUGCAACUGGUGUAUAAACUUGUAAAAGCCUACAUUAUCUAACGUGGAGAACACUGUACUUAGUGGGUCUUUAAUUGGACUCAUCUUUUAGUCACUGUUUGCUGAAAAAUUUGGAAAAUCCUGUAUUCAUGGUCGUCCACAUGCCUAUUCCAGCUCAUUUCCUAAUUUAAAGGGGUGAAUAAUGCAUUAAAAACAUGCAGUACUGAUAAAUGCACUGGGUGACACACAAAGAUUAUGAUCAAUGCAUGGGAUAAUAUAAUAGCUUGCAUCCCAUGGUGACUGUAUCGGAUGGUACACAAGAACAUGCAUCCCCUGAUAAAUGCAUGGGAUAAUACAUAAAAGCUUGCAUUGGGUGAAACAUAAGCAAAUGCAUCCCCUGAUAAAUGUAGUCGGUGACAUUUGAGCAUGUAUCCCCUGAUAAAUGUAUGGGAUGAUGCACAAUAGUAUGCAUCCCCUGGUAAAUGCAUUGGGUAAUGUAUAAUAAUAUGCAUCCCUUGAGGAAUAACGUAGUAAUGCAUCCCCUGAUAAAUGUAGUAGGCAAUGCAUAAGAGCCUGCAUCCUCUGAUAAAUGAAACAGAUGACACAUAAGAGUAUGUAUUCUGUGCCAGAUGCAUGAGAUGAUGCAUAAUAUUCAUCCCCUGUUAAAUGUACUGGGUGAUGCACAAGAACAUGCAUCCCAUGAUUGAUAAAUGAACAGGAUGUUACAUAAGAACAUGCAUUCACUUGCAUUGGAUGUGAUGCAUAGAACCAUGUACACCUUAUCUGUGUUGCCAUGAAAUUAUAACCCAACACCAGCCUUGUCUUUUGUUGAGUUGGGGGAGGUCAUGAUGACAAAUACUGUCAUAAUUCACUAUGGGGAGAAGUUUUUGAUAUGCUUGUAAUCAGAAAGAAGGUGCUGUUCAACAGCUUUUGGCACAGAGACCUACAAGAGAGUCAUUUACUCAGUCCUGGGUCUAAAUUAAAGCAUCACUAUAAGGGCAAGCAUGUAGAGACCAUGUUGUGGCUUGACUGCCUGUAAGGUAGGUCCACUGUUCAUUAUGGUUUGUAGCCUGUCCAGGUGCUGAGCUCAUUCUUGGCAAGAGAAAACCCAAGCCCCUACCUUUCCUCCAACCUGGAAGAAGAGGUGGGAACAAGAAGAAGCAUGACUAUAUCUCUGACUUUGGGAUGGGGAGUAUUGUGGAGUUUUAAUGUCACAUAGCCAUUGGCUCAUCAGUAGGAGCCAAGGAUUGACCAGACUGAUCUUGAGGACCAGUCACUUAUUCCUGGAUGGGCAGAACUUGGGACUGAGAACUUCCCUCUUGGGAUAGCCCUCCUCACUCUCAAUCAGGUCAGUGGUUUCAUGUUGGAGGGUCCAUCAUGUCAUCUUGCAUCUCAUGGUCUAGACACUAUUAGAUUUUCUACUUGUCAGUCAGCCAUUUUAUGCUCUCUUAGUUGCCAUGAGUGUCACUGCUUUAGUAAUAGAAGUUCUCUCCACCAGACAAAGCCUGAAGACUUCCUUGGCCCUUAUCUUCUUGCUGAGAGGGAUUCAUGAGAACGAUGCCUCUGGAGACAUCAUGUGGAGGAGUGUUUAGUGGCACGAGACAUUUCUUAUGAAGGGUGGUGAGAAAAAAAGUGUUGGUUAAGUAAAAUCUGCAGUUUAAUCAGCUGGUUAAAAAAUGGAAAAACUAGGUAGUUAAACUUGUCUGUAUCUGCUUUUGGCUGUGUUCGUCUGUACUCCCAGUAAAACUUGUGAAGUUAGAUCAGUCAGGAGGCAGAGUGACCCAUUUGUCAAUUAGGAAAAUGAGUAUAAGGGACCUGUAGGAAUAGGUCAUUGCCUCAGUCCCCACUUAUUAUGGCAGCAUCUGCUCCUUGGUUAAAAACGCGUAGUGAGAGGUUCUAUCCAGGGUCUUUGACUUCAUAUUCAUCUGUGCAGCUUCCAGGACAAGGUGGAGUACAUGCUUCUUUUUCCCUCAUUCUUGGAAACUAGUCAUUGAGUCUUUGUUGCAGCUCCAUCUGCCAAAUGACUUUUGUGCUUGUGUUUUUUAUUGCUUGUUAUCACUAGUCAGAGAUUUGGCACUGCCAUCACAUGACUGUCAAUAAGUUUUUUUUUUUUGUGUGGUAGCCUGAUACACCUUGAAUGCCACUUUUCAGUUAAGCCACUUGAGCAGAGAAUUUUUAGUACAUUUCUCUAUGGUUACCCUAACUAACAUCUUGAUCUUCAGUUGCCGCUGGAUUUCAAAAUUCUAUCUACAGCUUGAUGAGUCUUCAUUGGUAACAUGCUAGUAGGCAUGUACCACCGUUGCUGCCUCUCUCAACAUAUGCCCCUGCAUUUGACAUUGUUGUUCUCUGGUGGUCACUAGCCACAUCAAAACAGUCAUCUAAAGAGAGUACUUCAACCUUGGCUGGUGUCAUCACUGUUGACAGGCACAAAGGACUUGGAAGUGAUUCCUUGUAAAGUAAGGGCAUUGAACCUUCAUAUUUCAGUAGUUCUAGUCUUAAUGUUGAUAUCUUUUGAAAGGCUCUUCAAAUGUACUAAAGUAGCUUGAAUUGUCUGGCGCACUAAGAAGGUUUUUCUGGGAAAUCUUUGAAUUCCCCUUUAGGUCAGCAGAAUGGUGGAGUACAGUUCACCCUUCUUUUGGAGUUGGUCCUUAUUGAUGUAUUUUAAUAGGUAUGUCUUGAAGCAGAGUCUAACAUGUAAGGGUUUCUUAUAUUUCCAAUACCCCAUGGAAAAAAACUCUUAAUUUUUUUGGGAAUUUUAUGCCCCUCAGCUUAUAUUUAAAGACCAUAAAAUCCACAUUUUCUCUCCCUUGACAAAGAAUGCAGGAGUCUUUGACAGGAUGGGGAAGUGAAUAUCUUCUUGUAUCAGCUUGUUGCUGAUAUUUGUAUGCUACUUCCUUUAAAUAACCCAUUUGUUAUUUUCCUUUAUUUUUGUCAGCAUUGUAUAUGCUAUAUUCUGCUUCCAGAUUCUUUGAUCAUAAAACAGUUGAAAGCAUGUUGACGUUGGGCAUUGUGGUAAACUUUUAUAGCUUGUCAUAGCAUUGUUUCAGCUGAUGCAUCCAUCGAGUCUGCUGCAUUGGUUGCACUUGCUUUCAUUGCAUGAGGCACUUCAGCAGCAUAUUCCAGACGUCUCUUUUUGAGGAAAGUUUUGUUUGUUUUGGGACACUCAGUCAAAUUAUAGCAUUUGGUAAUGUUUGAAGGAGUCUGCACAGGAAAAAGAAUUUAUGCUGUUUUAUUUUGGGCAUUUUCCUGCAAUCCGCAGCUGAGAUUUCACAAGCAUUUUUCCCAGUAUCCCCUUUAUAAAGCUGAGAAAUAUCAAGAUACUUAUUCUCUCCUGCGAACUGUAGUAACUUAUUAACAUUCUUGACAGUCCUGACUGUGAAAGCUGUCUUUAGAGUCUCAUGCUGGAAAGGUUUUCUCAUGAUUUGAGAACCUUUUUUUGCCCUGGGAGUGCACCUCCCUCCUUAAAUGGGCAUGCCCACUUUCCCUGUUUCAUCAAACUCACAAGUUGCUUGUAUGAGCUUGAGCUGCUUGGGCUGAGCUUUAUCCUCUGUAUACCACUGACACAGGCAGAUUACUAGAUAAACAUGCACUGGCUGAUUUAUUUCUGGAAAGGGCAAAGUGUUAAAAUUUGCCACUAGUGCAAGAGGUUCCCCCUAGCCCCUUGAUAUCAGAGGAGGGGGAUAAGCUUGUUAGCCUGCUUCACCAAGUCAUGGGAGGGUGGGAGUUGUUUGGAAGAAAAGUGGAAGGAUCCUUCCUGCGGCCUCAGACCUUUUAUGAGAGCAGUGCCAUGAGGACAAACCCAAAUGGGCUAAGUUUAGGCAUGAGCACUCAAGAGACAAGACUUGUGUCCAGCUGUCUCCCAUUCCCUUUUGUGAUGUGCUUACCUACAGCUAGUGAGUUUGAGCCCAAACUGGUCCUCCAGUUCAGUUAAAGAACUUGACAACAGGGGAGUUGCACUCUUGGUUCCUAACCUGGGUGUACAUCCUGUGGUUCUUGCACUAUCCUAUAUUUGGAUGACAUGGUUGACCAAUCUGCUUUGGUUCCUUGAGUCACUUGGUCUGAAAAUAAAGGUACUUGGGACAAAUUAUAUUGCUUCUGGGACCAGCCUUCAGACCUUCUUGGUUGAGCUGGCCCCUCGUCAGAUAGAGUUAAUGUAACUGGUUGUCCUGUGCCUUGGAGCCUGAAUGACAAGCAAUCAUUUGAUGUUUGGUUAGAACUCAAGCAGUACAUGUAGCAUUUUAGCACUUGGGAGGUUUUUUAAUCCUGUUUCAGCCAUGAUACAGUUCUCACAUCAGUCUCCAUUGCACAUAUGUUUCCCUGUCACCCGGCACUGAACUGUUACUUUUUCACCAUGUGCAAACUCAAGUUCAUGGUUAGCAAGCUACUUUGUUCUGUCUUUUACCUUGUUACCGUUUGUCUGAGUCAGAAGAUUUCAAAACUAUGUUUUUUGAGGUGGAUAGUGAUAAUAAGACCACCUUUUCCUUUCUGGUUCUGUCCUGGAUAAAACCUCUUUUUUUGGUGAUGCUCCCAGGCUCAUGAGGAACACUUUAGUGUGUCCUGUUGCUCCUUUCCUAUUCUCCUUGCAGAAUUUCUUGGAAAGAAAUAUGAAGAGCCUUGGUCCAACCCUUCCUUUUAGCAUGUCUUUAGGGAUGCCAUUUUGGUAGCCAAGAGGCAGCCAAACUCUGCCUUUUGUUCCUGAAAGGUCCCUUUUAAGUCGUACCUGUGUGUAAGAUGGGUGUUUUAUUUAGCAUCCUAGUGCACAUUUCUAUAUGAUCUUUUAAGUGUAGUAUAGGUUCUAAUUUCCAUAUGAUGUUUUCAGUCCAGUGCAGUGUUCUCAGAAACUACAGCAUUUUGUAAUGUUGCUGGACAAGGAGUCCAGAGAAGUUGUGUAUGUGUGUGUGUGGGGGGGUUCCUUUUUUUUGUCACAUUAGCAAUUAUGAUGCUCAGCUCUUUGCCUGUUCUGUGCUUGUCAAGUUUUGAAGACCCUAGGAAAAAGCUGUAUAAUUCUCCUAAAACUGGUAUCAAAGUAGGUUACCAUUGGGUGUUGUCCUCGGCCUUUUCACUGGAAUACCAAGCAUUUCUAUGCAUCUUUUGUUUGUUCAUAUAUUUUGGCCAAUACCAUAAGUUUGGGAGUGUGCAUGAUGUCUUGGGUAAUUUUGUAUAUAGUGAUCAAAAACAAGAUCCUGGAUACCCAUUUUAUGGGAGCAGGGCAUUUUGGCUAGCAUGUUCAGAACUUGUUCGCUUAACUCCUAAAGAGGAAGUAAGCUCUCUCCUGUUUAGAAAGCCUCUCUCAGCCCCCCUUUAACCACAUUUUCUCUUCCCUGUAAACCAGGCCAACUUCAGAAGAGGAAGAAGCUCUCUGAUUUCUACCAAAAGUCUUCAAGCAGCAGGCUGUCUUGUCCUCUUCAGUACUAGCAAAGAUGACCAACAUGUCAACUUUCCCAGGAGGCCAGUACAAAAUGUUAUGUGAGCUUUUUUUUAGUGCCCAUGGUUUUCACCAAGCUGUUGUCAGUUGCCUCAGAAACCUUACACUGACAGUCAUGUCCAAAUAUUCAGUAGAUCUGGCCAUGAGGUAGGUGCAGUCCCUAGGGCAGGACAUAAAUUUGACGAAGUUCUGCCUUCCUGCCUAACCCUGGCGUAGAUGAAACACUUGAUUAGGGUAAAGCUGGACAUUGUACAUGGUCAUUGAUUCCUGCUCUUGGAGAAUGUCUGGAGGUUUUACAGUGGUUUCCUGGAUGAAGAUGCAGUGUAGAUUUCAGAUGACUCUACUUCACCUGCAGGGCUUGAUCCUGUCCACACUCCUCAUGGUACAUUUCCAUGCCUGAGGAUUCUGGUGGUGGUCUUAGCUGUGACUUGUUAAUGGCUUCAGAGCCACGAUUCACAUACAGACAUGUUACUGGUGUUAAACUAUUGUUGCCAAGUGCCCGAGUAGUGGACCAUUUCCCAUAAACCUUUUGGUGAGUCUUCCCUUCCUGCAGCUGAACCAAUUGUGUAACUUGAUGACAAAUGCUUUGCUUGCAGGUUAGGAAAACCACCCCUGCCUUUGCUGCUUUUGCAGUGCAAGAAACCCUUCUUGGAGAGGUGGAGUUCCACAGCAACCAGUUGUAACAACAAGUUUUCUUAUUCACUUUGAAGGCCCUGAAAAGACAGCUGCUUCUGGGAUCUGUCAUUAUCUUUUCAGAUAACCAAUCAUUUUUGUGAAAUCUAAGCAAUCGAGAUGGUGCACUUUUCUUUUUUCUCUGCCAGAACAAAUGGUAUUCCUUCUGGGACCAGCCCUCAGAUCCUGGACGUGCACUCGCAUUUCAGGCACUGCAAGAAGGGUGCAUGAGUUAGAAAUAAUGACCAUCAUUUUUGAUGUAGGGAGGGAAGGUUUGGCAUUUGCCAAGCAGAUGUUUCCAAGUGGAUUUUCAACUGCAUUUUCUUAUGCCUUCACUCAACAUUAACUGCCCAUUACAAUUUUCUGCAUUUAAGGUUUAUAACACUAGAGGAUUUGCUGCUUUCCGUGCUUUCUUCAGGAAUGCCUCUUUUGCAGACACUUAUGCUGUGGUGACGUGGUCGUCUAUGUUUACCAGGAAUUAUUGCAUCAGCCAUGGCUUCAUAGAGUUGGAAGAUGUUUGGGAUGUCAUUCUUGCAGGAUUGCACUAUCUUGGGCAAUCCUCUAACUAUCCCCCAGCUAGUACUACUAAGCAUUUAUCAUAUCAUGAAGGGUCCUCAUAGUUAAAUGUAAUGCAUACAAUUAUUUUUCUAUCAUUUGUUUUAAUAAUUUGUACCAAAUCUGAUUUAUUAUCUUUUGAUUUACAGGCAUGUGUUAGCUUUGGGGGGGGUGUUAAAUUCGUGGACAAGCAUGCUUAUGUAGGUGGUAUGUUAUGUCACACUAUGCAUCAGUCAAACAUAAGAAUGUCCUCAAGUGUUUGCUUAAAAAGUGCCAGAUUCUAAUUGGUGGAAAUGUAUAACCGAAAGGGUGGCCCAUUAAGGAGAGAGCUGUAGUAGAUGAUCUUGAAAGUGUAGUUCUGUUUUGGACUGCAGGAAGUGGAACAGUAGGUGCUUUCUUGUGGAGGACUAGAAACCUGUUCCUUUAUAUCUUCCUGCCUUCUGUUUUGAAGUUUUUUUAUGGGAGGGGUCUAACUUUAAUUCUGACAUCAGAAGCUUAUAAGCAGGAUGCUCUCUUCCCCUUGACAACUCUAUUCCAAGUGUAGGAUCCUGCCGGUACAUAGCUUCUGGUCAAGAGCAGACCAUGACAUCUUGAUUGUCAGCACAAGAGACAGAAAUUCUGGUGGCAACUGGCAAAUCAGCUGCAGUCAGUUAUGACACAGGACUGAAAUCAGCUGCAAUCUUUUCAUAGGAGAAUCCAUUCUCUGCUUGCCUUCCCACUUUGGGACCAGAGUUACUUAACUGUGCAAAUCCGUGUCUUUGCUGCUUCAGACUGUCAUGGUUUGUUGGAUGGCAAACUGUAAUGUUAUGGGUCUUCGGUAAAUAGUUGAAAUGCACAAGCAUUGAAUCACUGUAGAUCAGUGCCAGAAUAUUGAAAAACACAUGUACUAAAAACCAAACAUAAUUAAUACACCAGAAUUGCACAACAAUUUAUUGGUUCUUAUUAUGAGUUUUAAAGAUGUGCAAAGAUAUACCAUAUGAUUAUUUCACAUGCUUUGGCAGUGUUGAGGUGGUUGGCCAUGAGAGCUUUGGCUAAAUGGCUGGUUGCUGCUUCUUUACCAAAAAAAAAAAACA